AUGGUGGGCUGCACCGAGCGCUUUGUCACCAGUCCUGAGGAAGUGAUGGAUGUGAUAGAUGAAGGAAAGGCCAGCCGUCACGUUGCUGUCACCAACAUGAACGAGCACAGCUCCCGGAGUCACAGCAUCUUCCUGAUAAACAUCAAACAGGAAAACGUGGAGACGGAGCAGCAGCUGAGCGGGAAGCUGUACCUGGUUGACCUGGCUGGCAGCGAGAAGGUCAGUAAGACAGGGGCGGAGGGAUCGGUGCUGGAUGAGGCCAAGAACAUCAACAAGUCUCUGUCGGCCCUCGGGAACGUCAUCUCAGCCUUGGCCGAGGGAACGAAAUCCCACGUGCCGUACCGUGACAGCAAGAUGACUCGCAUCCUGCAGGACUCGCUGGGCGGAAACUGUCGCACCACCAUGUUCAUCUGUUGCUCUCCCUCCAGCUACAACGAUGCAGAGACCAAAUCCACCUUGAUGUUUGGCCAACGAGCCAAGACCAUCCGAAACACCGUAUCCGUGAACCUGGAGCUCACAGCGGAGCAGUGGAAGAAGAAAUACGAAAAGGAGAAGGAGAAGAACAGAUCAAUGAAGGAGAAGAUUCAAAGGCUCGAGGCUGAGCUGAACUGCAGGAGGGACGUUGAGAACGUGUCGGGGCAGUUGAGUGAAGGAUCAGAGGAUGUUCCCCUCGUGCCUCCGGAACCCGAGGAGCCGCUUCUGGACAUCUGCAGCCCGUGCACCCCUUGCUCCAUCACGUCCUCCAUUGUGGUUCGCAUUUCCGAGGAGGAGCGGCAGAAGUAUGAGGAGGAGAUCCGCAGGCUGUACAAACAGCUGGACGAUAAGGACGAUGAGAUCAACCACCAGAGCCAGAUGGUGGAGAAGCUGAAGGAACAGAUGCUCGACCAGGAGGAGCUCUUAGCCUCGUCCAGGGGCGACAGUGAGAAGGUGCAGUCAGAGCUCGGCAGGCUGCAGACGGAGAACCAUUCUGCCAAGGCGGAGGUGAAGGAGGUCCUGCAGGCCCUGGAGGAGCUGGCUGUCAACUACGACCAGAAGAGCCUGGAGGUCUUAGAGAAGAGCAUGCAGAACAAGCUGCUGGCUGAAGAGUUUGAAAAGAAAAUGGGUCACCUGGUGGCCUCGGAGGCGGAGCUGUCCCGCAUCCAGGAAGUGAGCAGCCACCAGAGGAAACGCAUCGCUGAGAUUCUCAACGGGCUCAUGAAGGACCUGAGCGAGUUCAGCACCAUCGUCGGAAACAAGGACAUCAAGCUGCCCAUGGAGCUCACGGGCGUGAUCGAAGAGGAGUUCACCGUGGCUCGCCUCUACAUCAGCAAGAUAAAGUCCGAGGUGAAGUCCAUGGUGAAGCGCUGCCGCCACCUGGAGAACCUCCAGAUGGAUUGUCACCGCAAGAUGGAGGAGACAGGACGAGAGCUGUCCUCGUGUCACCUCCUCAUUUCACAGCAUGGGGCAAAGAUCCGCUCUCUUACGGAGUACAUGCAGAACGUGGAGCUGAAGAAGAGGCAGCUGGAGGACAGCUACGACUCUCUGAGCGAGGAGCUGGCCAAAGUCCAAGCUCAAGAGAGCGUGUCACAGAUGACCAGUGGCAAGAACCCGACGUCUGUCCUGGACUGCAGCGAUAUAAAGAGGGCUCUGGAGCAGCAGAUGGAGUCGCACCGGGAAACGCACAGCAAACAACUUGGCCACCUGCGAGACGAGAGCAACGAGAAGCAGAAGAUCAUCGACGAGUUAACAGACUGUAACCAGCGGCUGCAGCUGGAGCUGGAGCAACUGCACGAUGACUUUGAACGUCUCAGGGGCCGAGAACAUCACAAGAGCCGGCAGCUGGAGGAACUGACAUUUCUCCACGAGCGACAUGAGCAGUCGAAGCAGGACCUCAAAGGGCUGGAGGAGACGGUUGCCCGCGAGCUGCACAGCCUGCACAACCUCCGCAAGCUUUUUGUUCAAGACCUCACGAGUCGGGUUAGAAAAAGUGCAGGGAUAGGGCCUGAUGGGGGAUACAUCACCCAGAAACAGAAGAUUUCCUUCCUUGAAAACAACCUGGACCAGCUUACAAAAGUUCACAAACAGCUGGUGCGUGACAACUCAGACCUUCGCUGUGAGCUUCCCAAACUGGAGAAACGUCUUCGGUCUACAGCCGAGCGAGUCAAGGCGCUGGAGGGUGCGCUGAAGGAGGCGAAGGAGGGCGCCAUGCAGGACCGCUGCCGCUACCAGCAGGAGGUGGAGCGGAUCAAAGAUGUCAUGAGGGCCCGCAAUCCCUUCCGCCGGCCCCAUGCUGCACAGAUCGCCAAGCCGGUGCGUCCGGGCCACUACCCACUCUGCUCCCCCAGCAACCCCUUCUUCAUCCGGGGCUACAGCGAACAUCCCGCCGCCUUCUGCAACGCCGUGUUCCACAACAGCAACAACCACCAGGCAGCGGCGUCUGCGGCUCCUGCAACGCCAAAGAGCGAGGCCCGGCUACCCGAGGCCGAGCCCAACAGGAACAGCCCCGGCAAGCAGCCCGAGCCCCGGAAGCAGGACACACAGGACAGUGACGCUCAGAACAACGCACUUCCAGCUGAAGCCACGAGCCAAGCUGCCAACAACACCGCAGAGAUGCUCGACUCAGAAAACGGAAACACCACCGAUAUCAAUGACAACAGAACUGACGUCUGCGACAAUCAGGACCCAGCCAAACUCUACAGCCUGCAACAGGAGGCCUCUGCCAGCUAAUAGUCCUGAGCAGGUGGAUGUGUUUUCCGGGGCACCCUCUUUAAAUCUGCAUGCAGCCAAUCCCAGUCCUCCCAGACUCCCUUUCCUCUCCCAUCCUCACCCACUUUGAACAGCCCUCUAUCUCCUGUGCCCCCCCCCCCUCCCUUUUCCUCCCUCUUGCUUGUUCCUCUGCCACCCGUCCUCCUUUCUGUGCUAUGAUGCGGGGGGUGUAUGUGAGUAUCAGUCUGGCAAACACUGCAUCUAAAAAUCCCGACCUGGCAGCUUACACCCAUACAACGGCUGCAGCCAUUCCCCCUCGACUCGGAAAACCAGAGGGACUAUGAAUGGAAAGGUGGGGGAAGACAAGGUGCAGCGCUGAGGGUGACCACUAGGCAGUGCCGUUUGUCUCAACGAUGCAGUCUCAGUGGACGUCAACCAGUAAAUGAUACAUGAAACUGAAAUGAAGUCUGGAUGGAUCAGAAGAGUGAACCACUUGUAAUGAUACUUUUAACUGUGCAUGUCGAUGUUGGUCUUCAGCUUUUCUGGGAAAAUACACAAAAGAAGAAGAAAGCUCGUGAAGCAACAUGAUUGUGAAAUGUUUUCGAUGAGGUAUACACCCUUUAACGUUGGUGUGUUUAAAAAAAAUUAUUGGAGCCUCACAUACCUUCGCCACGGCCAAACAAUCGUUAUCAUUGAGAAGACAUAAGAAAAGAGCGGUUAAAGAAAAGAAAAGAAAAAAUCCUGGCUCCACAACUUAAUCCGCAACCACAUCAAAAGUUGUGUGUUUUUUCCAGAACCAAGUUUGGUGGAAAUUGGUUCAGUGGUAUUUAUGUCACAUGUUGGCCGCUGUUGCCAACUAAACUACAAUACAAACAGACUAUCAGCAGAAAAUUCAACCUGGAGAUUAAAGAGAACAAUUUAUUUUAUUUUAUAACCCUUAAGAUGUCAAUAUUCUAUAUUGUCAUGUUUUCACCAAUUAAAAUAACAGGAGUAUUUAUCCAAAUAACACCCAGAAGCCCUUUUUGAAUCUUGAUGCUUGAGCUUGUGACACUGGCACCUUGCACGGGAGGAACCACCGCACUAUUAAAGAAUUAGAUUUGAGGGUCGCAAAAAAUAAACAUCUAUUGCACUUCUGUCCGUCCCGCGAGAGGGAACCCUCACACGUGGCUCUCUCUGAGGCUUCUACGUUCUUUUUACCCUGUAGUUUUUCCUUUCUCUUGUUGAGGGUUAAGGGCAGAGGAUGUGACACCCAGUUAAAGCCCAAUGAGACAAAUUGUGAUGUGAAAUAGGCUAUACAAAUCAAAUUUAAUUGAAAUAGUGAGUGGCGAAGAUCUGUCACCACGGCACGUCUGGUACCCGUCACUUGCUUUCACUAGAAUGACACGAAACUUGAUCUGAAUCACGGGUAAAAACACACUCAUCUUUUCCGGAGGCCGAACGUGUUCAAUGCACAGUGAAAAAAAGAAAGAAGCCUGCUUGGGAUCAUUUGUGAGAUAUUCA